GCAUACAAAACUGCUGCACGACGCGAACGAUCGAUGAGAGAGGCAGUGGUAGUGGCAGAGGCAGAGGUAGAGGUAGAGGCAGUGGCGGUUAACCCAAAGCCAAAGCAAUGCUCACAAUUCACAGCUCACUCUCAAUAGUGUUCUUCAUCAUCUCGGUUUAGCAUUAUUGUUUAUCAUUUAUCUCUUGUCUUGUAGUCUUUCGUUUUGGGUUAGUCGUCUCGUCAUCGGAACGACCAACGUCGUCGUCUUCGACGAAAUCGAUUAAAAUUAUUCGUGGAUCUACAUAAGGUCCCAGAAAACUAACUUGAUAGUCUUUUUCUGCUUUUACAUAACAACAUUCAUAGUGUAUUGUGACACGCACGCGAAGGCAGAGCAAGGUCUUUCGGUCUUAAUUCGUGUGCAGCACAAUCUGUGAACUGUGGAUGCUGCUGUACGCGAUGAUGCAUCGACAGAGUGCUCAAGUUCUUGGAGUGUCUAAUGUUUUAAACUCGAAUAAUUGCGGUGGCAGUGCUGCUGGUGCCGGAGAUAAUCCAACUGACCUUAAGGGCCAUUACCCUUUGGAGACGCUGCCAAAACAGUUUGUAAUGUCGAUGAAGAAACUCUUCGAUAUACUGGACGAUCAGAGAACUGGUUAUGUGAAAUUUUCCGAUAUACAGAAAGGAUGGCAGGACGAUGGGUGUAAAGGGCUUCCGCGGGGUGUUAUUGAAAGUUUGCGCAAAGUCACGCCAACAAGUGGUCUCUUGUCGUUCGAUAGAUUUUGUGCGGGUUUAAAAAUUUGCCUGCUGCAAAAUCAACAAGUAGAUAUUUCGAAUGCCACUCGCUCGGACAAUAAACCACCGAGACCCCCGUCAGCCCCUCUAUUGGACAUUGAGAAUCCAGUUCCUAAUGCUCAGUGGUCGUCGAAUACAAAUUGUAAUACAGCCACAGUUCGUCCGAAUAAUAUUAUUCCCAGCCAAAGGGCACUGAGUUUGCCUCAACUUAGCCCGGAAAUCGAGUUGGAUAUAAUGACCCACACUGACUUGGCUUCGAGGGAUAUCUACAGCAGUCCCCCGCCCCCACCGAAGCCUCCUCGCAGCGCAAUGACGGCAAAUAAUGGAAAUGCCAUAGAUAAAGCUGAGAUUCGUCAUGCUUUGCAAAAUUGGCAAAUGGGAAUUCUCAUGAACGAAAUGGAUGCCAAGGAUAAGAGGAAAUCAUUUCAGGUGCUGAGGGGUACUGCCGAUGGAGGAUCAUCGACUACACCGGACAGUGGGGCACAAUCUAUACCGAAUGGGGGUUAUCAGAAGAAACGAAGGGAACCUCGACGACACACCCUACAAAAUGGAAUCGACUACAAUAUGCUGAAGCGGAUGAAGCAGUUCGAAGAGGAACGUGACGUGUUGCUUCAGGGUCUUGCAGCUGUUGAGAAGGCACGAGAAUGGUAUUUGCAGCAGAUAUCGAAUGCUCAGGAGAAGAUCAAGUAUUUGGGACGAAUGGGAUCUCAUGUGGAACAAUGGUCUGAGGUGCAACAAGAGAGGCUAGACUUUCAGCGUGCCAGAGUUCUGGAGAUAAAUCGCCAUCUCUCAACUCUCGCUGAGACUUGGGAACGUGGCGGCUUCCCAACUCACAUAAACCUUGCCAUACGCCCCACAAACCAUCAAGGACUGCUCCAACCAGUCGAUCGUCUUCGCCAACAGAAUCGUAACCUAACCAACGAAGUUAACCAGAAGACCGAUCGCAUUGCAAUGCUCGAACGAGAGAAACAAACGCUCAUUCGAGAGCUAUUGGAACUACAACAACGCAGUGCCAAUCGAGGAUUGAUAAGUGUCGUUUCACAAGGAUCUCCAGGUUGCAUCAGUUCAUCUGGGCUCGUAGAUGCCGAUGUGGUGUACUGAUUCUACAUAUUUUUGUGCUAUUUUGUGCCGUAACAUGAUUAACUUUAUUUUAUAAAAAUAAACGUUCUAUU